GUCAUGUCGUCCUUGCACAUCCCAUGGCUGGCCCUGGUGCAGAGUAAUAAGCGACUAGACCGUGAGAAAGGUCUGCAGCAGCUCCAGGAGUCGGUGAAUGAGGGUAGACUGGGGGAGGAGGAGAGGAGGGAGGGUGAGAGAGAGGUCUCUGAACUGGUGACCUCUCUGACCUCUCCCUGGGAGGCCAAACAUGGCGGUCUCAUGGCAGCAACGGUCCUCCUGCCUGGAGCCUCACCUCAAUUCAUGGAGAAGAUGAAGGGGGAGGUCCCUUUGCUAUUGGAAUAUGAUGAAUCUAGAGUGAGACUUGCUGCUGGUGAGGUGGCAGGUGUGCUGUGGGGGGGGGUGUAUGGAGGUGCUACCCUACAUCACUGGAGGUAUAGAGGGCAACCUGGAGCGAGACAGUGGAGAGGUUGACACUCAACUGACCCAGAAACUGAGCCAAUCCUCCUCCUCCUCCUCUCCUGAGAAUAGCCACACCGAAGAUAGAACAGAGAGAGGCAGCAUGUGGUGGAGAAGUGUGGCAGUGCCUUUGAACAUAUCUGACCUCUGACCUCUGACCUUCUCCAGCUGGUGUUCACAUGUCUGAGUCACACCAACAGGUUUGUUAGAGAGACUGGCCACAGAGUCAUCGCCGCCUUCAUCUCCAUUCCUGGGUUGUCUACUGCCAGUGUGUCAGCCUUUUGGCCUGACAUUGCCAGAAACAUGGCCAAGGGUCUCUCUGAUAAUUGGAGUCAGGUGAGGAUGUCAUCUUCAGUGGCGACACGAGUGUUCCUGACUCAGCUGCCAUCUCUUGAGGCAAGAGAACCUUACUUCCCAUCCCUCCUACCUCCCCUCUGCCUCAACAGGUACAACACACAAUUACUUACCAUUAGUUACUGCCAGGGAAGUUUAGCCAUAACUAUACAACUGUGGGUGUGGUCCCCAGGCAUUAUGUAGCUGAAGGUGUGAGGCUGUACUGUCAGGAGACGUAGAAAUUAGUCACAGAAAUGAAAGGAGUUCAACUCGUUGAGAAAUACAUUGCACAGGUGGUGGAGUUCUAUAUCUCACAGACAGAGGCAGCCAACCAUGCAGUGAGAGAGGCAGCUUGUGCCUGUAUUGCUGAGCUGGGCACAAAGGUGUCUCCUGGAGUUCUGGGACCUCACAUCCCAGACCUGGUGAAGGUUCUUCUGCAGUGUUUCAGAGAUGACAGCUGGCUGGUCAGAGAUGAGCCAGCAGCGUGUCUGGCACAUGUGGGAACUUCAUGUCGUCGCUUCCCCGAAGAGUGUCCGACGUCUCUGUCUCAGCUCCUCCCUCUCUUCUUCUCCAGUCUGGAGGACUCCCAUGCCUCCGUCAGACAGGGGGCUGCCUCCUCUCUCUCCACUCUCGUCAUCCGUCUAUGGUAUAAACAACUGAGUGAGGUGGAGGAGACGGUGAUGUCAGUACUCAAGAGAGAAUACCUCUGGCUGCCACCCAGCCUCUCACUGACUCCAGGUACAAGGUUCUAUAUUCUACUUCUCUAUCACAUUCACACACACCCUGGACUGGACCCGAGACCUGCGGUGUUUGGAGUAGUCCAGAGACUGAAUGACAUCCCCCUGGAUGACCCCACCCACACAGACCAACAGAUGUACUCGUGUGGGUCUCUGGCUCCCAAGAUGAGGAGAGGUGGAUGUAUGGACACUCACUUCCAGAGACCAGCUGAACCCUGGGAGAAGACUGAGGGAUGUAUCCACCUGCUGGCAGAGCUGAGUCAACAGAAGGGGAUGGGGGACAAGGUGUCCUCCCUCCUGCCGGCCCUGGGGGAGGUGGCCCGUCACCACGGGUACCGCCAGCACCUGUCUCUCCUGGAGACCCUCCUCCACAGACUCCCCCACCUGGCCAGGGGCCUCGGGAAGAGACCCUUCAAGAGACAUCUCGAGCUCUUCAUCGACACCAUUUUCUAUGGAGCCGCCAGUGACAGUGCACUGGUAAAGGCAGCAGCUGCAGACUGUCUCACUUUGCUGAGUCAGUAUCUUGGCCACGUCAUUCUGAGAGGUCGAAUAGAGCAGCACUCUCCUCAGUAA